UCCAAUCCAAACAUAAACAUGGCGUUUACCUUCGCUGCCUUUUCUUACAUCCUCGCCUUGAUAAUCGAUGCAUUUCUCAUUUUCUUCGCAAUUUUCCAUAUAAUUGCUUUUGAUGAACUGAAGACAGACUACAAAAACCCUAUAGACCAGUGUAACAGCCUAAAUCCAUUGGUGUUACCAGAAUAUGCCCUUCACUUGCUGUUCAACAUCUUCUUCCUCAUGGCUGGCGAGUGGUUCACUUUAGCUCUCAAUGUGCCUCUUAUUGCCUACCAUAUCAACAGGUACCGAAACAGACCAGUGAUGUCCGGGCCUGGAUUGUACGACCCCACAAGCAUCAUGAACCAUGAGGUGCUGAGCCAGUGCCAGAGAGAGGGCUGGAUCAAGCUGGCCUUCUACCUUUUGGCUUUCUUCUAUUAUCUCUAUGGAAUGAUUGUAUCCCUCAUCUCUGCGGCAUAGUGGAGAAAAAGAAGCUGGGCAUGUCAGAUGAGGGUUUCCUUCUACAGCCAGUGUUUGUAUGCCAACAAGCUGCUGUCUGCUCUGUUAUCGUGAAGCAGAAGGCUGGGGUUCUAUGUCAGAGAUGAUGCACGUUCACUAAAUUUUAAUGUGCUGAAGAGGAACAUUACCCAUGAUAUUUCCUGGAUUAGAAGCAUUAUUUAUUGAUAUUGUAUAUGAGCUUUUAGGACAGUGCUGAGUUUUGAUUUUGUUUUAUUCCGGGGCUUGAAGUUGAAAAAUCUUAGGCCGAAAUGAUUUGUAAUUGGGGAAUUUUUGGUACUUGACAGUAGGCACCCAGUAUCUGUGAAUGUUUCUGGUGCAAAAGGUUAUUCUUAUUUUUAAUAGGUUAAUUAUUUGUCAGAUGUAUAGAUCAAAGUAGAUUAGUUUGAAGAUUCUGUAUAAAUAUGCAGUCCCACAGUUUUCUUAUUGCCAACUUUGCAUUUUCAUACUUAAUAGGUUUUUGAGAAUAAUUGUCAGAAGUAAGUCAUUGAUUUUUUUUUAUAGAGAGAGCAGAAAAGAUCCCUAAGACAGUAUUAUGGCACAAAAGUAAUGGUGGUGGAGAACGAAUAUAAUGGAUGAUGGUAAAUUAUUAUAAAGGAGGAAAAAAUCAUAUUCUGCUAAAGUAUAUUUAGAAUAAGGAGUGAUAUGCUACAUGUGCAAUUUUAUUUAAAUGAUAGCUUGUUUAAUUAUUUUUCAGCCACCAUAGUGCAUUUGUGAUCUUCCCUAAUAUGAACUUCCUUCAUUGAUAUACAUAUAGCAUUGAAUUAUUGAAUCAGUAUACAAAAAAAAAAAGGAUUUGACUAAACCUGUCUAUAACCUGCCAUUGUAUAAUGUAAUAUUUACCUGUUGAUACAUGAUUAUAAUUGUGGCUUUUUAGAUACAGGGCAUGAGGUUAUUUUGAUUUCAUUAUUGGAGAUGCAAGACAAGAACUAUAGUACUUAGGAUGUUUGCCAAAUGGACACACAUUGUAUAGAAGUACACAUGGAAAUGUAAUCAUAGUUGAUGUUCUUUUCUCUUUCUUUUGGUCAGAAUCAAGUAGGUAUUGUGAGCAUCUUGAAAUGCACCAUUUUCCAGUUAUGUCCUCCUUUUCCAUUUUUUUUUAUGACUAAUAUGCACAUGUUCACAUUACUUGCUUUAGAGGAUUUUUGCUAGAUUAUCAGGUCAACUGCUCAUGUUGAAAUAAAAUGUAUAAGGAAAUGC